UUCACGCGGAACACGUCAGCGUGCUUCCGGGUCUGAUCGAGACUCGAUGAAAACAUUCGAUUUCUUUGAGCGUUUGUUUUGUCAGACGGAAAAUUAACAAGAAUAAAGCUGCUGCUGUCGCGGAGAAAAUGUCUGCAGCCUCCGGGAACACCCACACGGAACCGUGGGGAAGCUUUGACGACAACCUCAUUCAGGGGUCUGGCUCAGCCGUCAUUGACAUGGAGAACUUGGAUGAUACGUCAGGCUCCAGCUUUGAGGACAUGGGGGAGAUGCACCAACGUAUGAAGGAGGAAGAGGAGGUGGCAGCAGAGGCGGCAGCCACUGAGGAAGACGAUGGGGAGUUCUUGGGCAUGAAGGGGUUGAAGGGACAGCUGGGCCGGCAGGUGGCCGACGAGGUGUGGCAGGCGGGGAAACGUCAGGCGUCCAGAGCCUUCAACCUGUACGCCAAUAUAGACAUACUACGGCCGUACUUUGACGUGGAGCCGCUGCAGGUCCGCAACAGGCUGAUCGAGUCACUGAUCCCUGUCCGCUUGGUCAGCUUCCCUCAGAAGAUCGCCGGUGAGUUGUACGGGCCCCUGAUGCUGGUGUUCACCAUGGUCGCCAUUCUGCUCCACGGCAUGAAGACAUCUGAGACCGUCAUCAGGGAGGGCACGCUGAUGGGCACGGCUAUAGGAACCUGUUUUGGCUAUUGGCUCGGUGUUUCCUCCUUCAUCUACUUCUUGUCUUACCUGGUCAAUGCUCAGAUCACCAUGCUGCAGACGCUGUCCCUGCUGGGUUACGGUCUUUUCGGUCACUGUGUUGUCCUCCUCAUCACCUACAACAUCCACUUCCACUUCCUCUUCUACAUACUUUGGUUGGUGAUCGGAGGAUUGUCCACCCUGCGCAUGGUGGCCGUGCUCCUGUCCCGUACGGUGGGUCACACUCCUCGCCUCCUCCUCUGUGGGAGUCUGUCUCUCCUCCACAUGCUCUUCCUGCUCUACCUCCACUUUGCCUACCACAAGAUUGUUGAAGGACUCCUGGUCUCUCUGGAAGGAUCCAACAUGGCGGCCAUCCAGAGGGUGGCCAGAGACAUUCCAAAAGUGACCAUCAACGAAACUGAGGAGUUCCUGAUCCCUCUGAGACCCCUGAGACUCUGACAGUGUGAGUGUCCCUCUCUCCCUCUACGACCCUUGAGACCUUCCCAACCACACGGACCCCCGUCCCUCUGAGACCCGUGGCUCGCCUGCACAGUAACGUCCACGGGAUGAGCUCCACUUUUUAAAGGGUUUCCUGUUUAAAAAUGUCUCCUUGUCUGUAACUGAAUCAGAAAACAUUAAUGUGUGGACAAACUGCUCUUUUGUUUUUGUAUCUCGUCUUUGUUGUGUUGUGAUGAUGUCUGCUGGAUUUAUGUCAUAAUGACUGAGAUCGACACGAUCAUUUACAUGCCAGUCGUGCACAGACUGUUCAUGGGGCAGCCACUGGGGGACGCUGUGCUCAUGCUGCCGUGGAAGCAGCACAAACAAGUGGAUGUUUUGGCAGCAAGUCAGAGGUUUGAGUUGUUAAUGAGACGAGUUAUUCUGGAGUUAUUUACACAUUUUAAAAUAUUGAUAUUUUUCUUCCAACAAAUGUUGAAUUGAAUGAGCAUCAAAACGUCUUAAGAAGUCCAACAGCUUUUACGAAGCUUCAGUAUAUAGUGAAGAAAAAGUUUAGAUUGUGGAAAAGGGCUUUGGGUUUGUUUUUUCUGAGUUAUUUUACGUUUGUUGGUAUCAACUGCAUAAUUUAAUGUGAUAUUCUGUACAGUGAACGUGUUUAUUUACAUGAUGUCCUUGAAAGUGUAAAUUGUCCACAAGCUAAAAUACAAAUGCAUUUUAUGUCCCA